GAGGGUAGCUGGGGAUGGUCUAGGGUUGCUGGGUCAGAAGUCGAGAGAAAGAGCUGUUGGGCUGAAUUGGGGACCCCGCAGCCCCAGUUCAGCUCGUAUGUCUAGACCUGGUACUUCCUCUAGCGCUGGGGACUUUCAGUUUCAUUUCAUUCCGCGCUUCAGCCCGGGCCCCUUCCGGACAGCCAGCUCAGUCCCCGCCGCCACAAUGACCAAAAAGUUCACCCGCGCCAAGCUCCGAGAGACCGGCCAGAGAUUCAAGAGUUUUCUGGCCGCCCGGGGCCAGGGCCAGGAAACCAACCGCGAGCGGCUGCGAGAUCUUUACAACGAAGACUUCAAAAGCAGUCUCAGGUCCUCCAGCAGCCUUGGGGAGCAUGGGGACUUUGAGGAUCCUGUGCCUACCUUCUCCUCCAUGCUCUAUGGGAUGCGUUUCUACGGGCAAGCUAAGGUCACCAAGGAUAAGGUCAGAUUUUGCAAGGUGAAUCACAAGAAGAAGAAAAAGAAAGUGAAGCAGGAAGACAGGGUUUUUAGGGAGAUCAAACCUCCAGGGUCCAAGAAGUCAAAUUCCCAAGUGGCACAGAUCUUCCAAAAUCGGGAUGAAUACACCCGUGAGAAACAUGGUGUGGAUGUGGAGGUUGAAGGAGACUACAGGAGCAGAGAUGGGCACAUUGUUGUCAACCUGGAUUUGGACCAGAAGGUGAUAUUGACCCUGAGGCUUCAGAACGGGGGAAGUUACCCCGUCGUCCUGCUCCGUAUCGUUCCGCUUUACCGUGUCUCCCAGAUAACUUUCCAGGCAGAGAGCCAAGAAGAUGUGCCAGUCACGCUAGAUCCUGGUGACUUCUAUGAGCUCCAAGUCCAUUGUCAGACCAGCGAUGUGGGCCAGUACCCUGCAGUGGUGCUGUGGGAGCUUCAGGGACCUUUGGGAUCAAGGAUAGAGAAGUCGAGAGUCUUCGAGAUUGCCCGAUUCCUUGCUGUUGUGGCUCAAAGCCCCCUGGCUAAGCAGCUGAAGCCCAUAGCUCCUUACCGACGCAGCCGACCCACGCCACACCCUGCUUUAACCAGCCGAGUGGAAGAUGGGGAGAGACCCGACAGGGGUCAGGGGUAUGACCUGGAGAUGACUUUGAGUCUUCCAAUGUACCAUUGCCCUAACAACCUAAAGCAACUGCUGCCACAACUCCUGAAAUCAACCAAUUUCAACCAUCAUAGUGAUGUGGCUAAGAUCCAAAGCCAGCUGAAGACCUCACUAAGCUGGAGGAAUUAUGAGGAGAAGUUUCGGCUGCUUCUAUACCUGGAAGAAUUACAGAUGGAACAAGAUAUCCGCAGCUAUGACCUGGAGUCUGUCCCCAUGAUCUUGGACCCAACGGAACGAAACCCACAGCUCCUCAUCUUAGAGGUUCCUGGAGUAGCUGAGAACCGUCCUUCCGUGCUUCGAGGGGACCACUUAUUUGCUAUCCUAAACUCAGACCAGGGCCAGGAUGUGACCACCUAUAAGGGCUUUGUGCAUCGGGUCGAACUGAAUCGGGUCAAGCUGAGCUUCUCUCCAGAACUCCUGAACCGGUUUGUGAAUGGGAUGACCUUCAAGGUGACCUUCACCUUCAACCGGCAACCCCUACGAGUCAAACACCGGGCCCUGCGGUUGGCAAGGCCCCAGAAGCUGGAGCCACUGCUGUUUCCUUCCUCCCCCUCUGGGAUCCCUCUCCUGCUUCCCACAUUGCAGCUUUUGCUGUAUGACCGGAGUCUAGAGUCCAACCCUGAACAGCUGCAAGCAGUGAGGCACAUAGUUCUGGGUACUUCCCGUCCCACUCCCUACAUCAUCUUUGGGCCUCCAGGGACUGGAAAGACUGUCACCUUGGUGGAGGCUAUUAAGCAGGUGGUGAAGCUCCUGCCAGAUGCCCAUGUCCUGGCCUGUGCCCCGUCCAACUCUGCAGCCGACCUUCUAUGCAAGAACCUCCGGCCUCAUUUGCCCAGUUCCAUCUACCGCCUCCUGGCACCCAGUAGGGACAUCCACACUGUGCCUGAGGAAAUCAAGUCCUGCUGUAAUUGGGACCCACAAAAAGGGAUUUACGUUUACCCUGCCAAGAGGAAGCUGCAGGAAUACCGUGUUCUCAUCACCACCCUCAUCACUGCUGCGAGGCUGGUCUCAGCUGAGUUUCCUUCCGGUCAUUUUACACACGUCUUCAUUGAUGAGGCUGGCCAGGCUGUGGAACCUGAGUGCCUUGUGGCUGUAGCAGGAUUGCUGGCCAUUAGGGAUUCAGAUAAUCCAGGUGGACAACUGGUCCUGGCUGGAGAUCCCCAGCAGUUGGGACCUGUGCUACAUUCCUCCCUCGCCAAGAAACAUGGUCUGGGUAUUUCUCUGCUGGAGCGGCUUCUGAAGUACAACCCUCUGUACCAGAAGGGCCCCAAGGGGUAUAACCCCCAGCUCGUCACCAAGUUAUUGCGCAACUACAGGUCUCACCCUGACAUCCUGUUCAUCCCUAACAAUCGGUACUAUGAUGGAGAACUAAAGCCCUAUGCAGAUCAAGUGGACAGAGAACGAUAUUGUUACUGGGAGGAGCUGCCUCGCCAGGGCUUCCCGAUCAUCUUUCAUGGUGUGAUGGGCAAGGAUGACCGUGAAGGAAACAGCCCAUCCUUCUUCAACUCAGAGGAAGCAGCCACAAUUGUUUCCUACCUGAAGAAACUUCUGACCCCACCACCUAAGAAAGGCCAAGGCCGGCUGAGCCCCCAGCAAGUGGGAGUUAUCUCCCCGUACAGGAAACAGGUGGAAAAAAUCUACCAGUGUAUCACCAAGCUGGAUAAGGAGCUUAAGGGGCUUGACAAUAUUAAGGAUUUGAAGGUGGGCUCCGUGGAGGAGUUUCAAGGCCAAGAGCGCAGUGUUCUUCUCGUGUCCACCGUUCGUAGCAGCCAGAGUUUUGUCCAGAUGGAUUUUGACUUUAACCUGGGCUUUCUCCAAAAUCCCAAGAGAUUCAAUGUGGCAGUGACACGAGCCAAGGCCCUGCUUAUUAUUGUGGGGAACCCUCUGCUGCUGCGCCAGGAUCCUGAAUGGAACAUGUUUCUGGAUUUCUGUAAAAAAAAUGGCGGCUACACUGGGUGCCCCUUCCCUAGUCUGGAACUAGAGCAGACCCUGGAGCAACAGCUGAGCACCCUGAGCCUUGGCCCCUCUACCUCAGAAAUUCACCCUCAUGACCGUGCCCCGCUGGCAAGUGGCCUUCAGGAGCAAGUGGAACCACCCUGGAGAAAUGAGCUUUAAGGAGACCCUUCCUUCUGGGCCCCAGCCCCUGCCAUCAGCCAAGCCUCAUGCCUGUACUGUUCCAAACACUGAACAGAAGAAUCCCACUGGGCAGGAAAGAAGGAGGGAGGAUAAGUGAGGAGAGAAGGGAGAAAUUUACAAACCAAGCCAUCCCUGCCCCUCCUCUCAGCUAGAGAUGACACAUCAGCCUUCUGGGAUUUUUGGGGGGGGGGGUAGGGGGGAGAAGGAAGAGGACUCUGGAAACAAUAAAAUUUGUUCUAAGCCAUGA